AGGAAGAAAAGCUGGGAAGAGCACGUGACCCAGUGGAUGGGAUUGGUCCUGGAGUCCGUGGAGUAUAAUACAGCAUGUCGUCACGGACUUGUAGCUGAUAACUUGCAGACAAGUAUGGAAAAAGAUGAGGUUCUGAGCGUGGACCGGAAAGAAAAAUGCGCUUCGUUUCCAGACUGCUGUCAGAGCGGAGAGCUGACUGGCCUCCCUGCCAAGCACCUUGGAAGCAUUUCCAAAGAGGUGGAUGAAAAUGAUAACCAUGAAGAUGAGGAGCAUUUUUUGGAGGCCAGCACAGAAACUCUCGUCCAGGUUUCUGAUGAUGAUGAUGACUAUUCUGCACUCCACCUGGAUAGCGUUAAUUACCACGUCACUACUGUUGGAAGGGAAACAAAAGGCGAAGAAGAGGGUUUAAAAGGAGCUGGCUCCUUAACAAAUAUGGUACCAAUAAUGGAGGCUGACAAGGAACCUGAUGCAUCUGGAAUAAUUGGAGUUCUUAAUGAGGAACCUGGCUAUGACCCUGUUCCUAAGGAAGAGAUGGAAAAAGAAAAUAUUUGUGGCAGCAUUGACCAAAGCCUGGAGCUUUGUAAAUACGAAGGCUUAAAUGAAGUAAUAGAUGUGCAGGAAGAAAAUCUUUCAAAUUCUCCAAAUGUGAAGGAUAUUAUUAUGCCUGGGAAACAGCUGCUUCACACUGCUGUAAUUGCACAACAACGUAGGAAAUCCGAUGCUUCUAAAGAAGGUCUUGGAAAGACCGAGUGUGAUGUGGUACAGAGUGAGAUAUCUUCUGAAUCACGUACCAACAGCGAGAGGCGACCAUGCUCAACAGGAGAAUCCAGCGACCGCCUCAUGCAGCCUUCUCCUUGCACUCACAUCCUGUCGGUGGAAAAUGGUCUGCAGGAAAGUGGUUUCACAGAACCUCAAGUGGCCCUUGAGAACAAAUGCCUCUCAAGUAUCAGCCCAGCAGAAGAUAUUCAAGGUUUACAUUUAGGAAAUCAUUUGACCACACAAGAAUGCUCAGACAGUCAAGUGAAACUGCGCAAAAGAAAGGAGAUGAGAGAAGAUCGGGAUCGAUCACGCCUAGAUUCCAUGGUGCUGUUAAUUAUGAAACUGGACCAGCUCGAUCAGGAUAUUGAAAAUGCUCUCAGCACCGGCUCUUCCCCAUCCAGCACCCCAACCUACAAACGGAGGCAUAUACCUGAUGUUGAAUCUGGUUCUGAAAGUGGAGUGGAUGUCACUUCAGUAAAUCACUCGCAAACAAGCUUGUCUCCUAAUGUUCAUGCUCCUGACCUAGGAUCUUCCUGUUCAGUUGCCAGCGCUGGAGCUAAACCAAAGGCUGGGGCUAUGCCAAUUAUUUCAGAAAAAGAGAAGGCUGAAAUCGAGGCCAAGGAAGCUUGCGACUGGCUGCGGGCCGCAGGAUUCCCACAGUACGCCCAGCUUUAUGAAGAUCUCCUGUUUCCCAUUGACAUCACUUUAGUCAAGCGGGAGCACGACUUUCUGGACAGAGAUGCUAUUGAGGCCCUAUGCAGGCGCCUAAAUACUUUAAACAAAUGUGCAGUGAUGAAGUUAGAAAUUAGUCCCCACAGGAAGAGGAGUGAAGAUUCAGAUGAAGAUGAACCUUGUGCAAUAAGUGGCAAAUGGACUUUUCAGAGGGACAGCAAGAGGUGGUCUAGGCUUGAAGAGUUUGAUGUGUUCCCUCCCAAAGCAGACUUGAAUACCUCCUCCCCAGAAGCUCCUCAUCUUAUGAAUGCAGCAAGCCAUGAGAGUGUGUUAACAGACCUCAGUGAACGCCAGGAGGUGGCUUCUAUUCUCAGCAUGAGUAGCACCAGCAGCCACCAACCAACCCUGCAGAGUGAGGCAUCUACCACCAGGACAAAUUCCGUUGUGAGCGUUUGUUCUUCGAACAAUUUCAUAGCAAAUGAUGACUCAUUCAGCAGCCUGCCCUCACCCAGGGAGCUGAACAGCUUCAGCUUUGGUGUGAAAGCCAGUGAGAAGAACCCCAAGUCCAAAACAAAGAGCCUGCUCAAGAGAAUGGAGAGCCUCAAAAUCAAGAGCUCUCACCAUGGCAAAAGCAAGGCUCCUUCUAAGCUUGGACUUAUUAUUAGUGGGCCCAUCCUGCAAGAGGGGAUGGAUGAAGACAAACUGAAACAGCUUAACUGUGUGGAGAUUUCUGCCCUCAAUGGCAAUCACAUUAACCUCCCCAUGGUACGAAAAAGGAGCGUCUCCAACUCCACGCAGACCAGCAGCAGCAGUAGUCAGUCUGAAACGAGCAGUGCUGUCAGCACACCCAGUCCUGUCACACGAACACGCAGCCUCAGUGCCUACAAUAAAAGGGUGGGCAUGUACCUGGAAGGCUUCGACCCCUUCAACCAGUCAACGUUCAGCGACGUCAUGGAGCAGAACUUUAAGAACAGAGGAAGCUUUGCAGAAGACACUGUGUUUUUUAUCCCUGAAGAUCAUAAGCCUGGCACCUUUCCCAAGGCGCUCUCUAAUGGCAACCUCUCUCCAACAGAAAGCAGCGCUUCUGUGAAUUGGAGGACAGGGAGUUUCCAUGGGCAUGGCCACCUUGCCCUCCGGAGGGAGAACAGCGGAGACAGCUCCAAAGAGCUGGGCAUGGGGAAAAGGCGCAACUCCUCCAGCUCCGUGAGCAGCCGCCUCAGUAUUUACGACAACGUGCCGGGCUCGAUUCUGUAUUCCAGCACAAGUGAUCUAGCUGACCUCGAAAAUGAAGACAUAUUUCCAGAACUAGACGACAUCCUGUACCACGUCAAAGGGAUGCAGAGAAUAGUGAACCAGUGGUCAGAAAAGUUCUCAGAUGAAGGGGACUCUGACUCGGCACUAGAUUCAGUUUCCCCGUGUCCUUCCUCUCCAAAGCAGAUCCAUCUUGACGUAGAUAAUGAUCGAACAACGCCAAGUGACCUUGACAGUACAGGAAAUUCCCUGAACGAAACCGAAGAGCCCUCAGGGGUGCAAGACCGAAGAGACUCUGGGGUGGGCGCCUCACUGACGCGGUCCAGCAGGCAUAAGCUGCGGUGGCACAGCUUCCAGAGCUCCCACCGGCCCAGCCUCAGCUCAGCGUCGCUGCAGAUCAACUGCCAGUCGGUGGCACAGAUGAACCUGCUGCAGAAGUACUCUCUCCUGAAGUUAACUGCCCUCCUGGAGAAGUAUACGCCUUCCAAUAAGCACGGCUUCAGCUGGGCAGUUCCAAAAUUCAUGAAAAGGAUAAAAGUGCCAGAUUAUAAAGACAGAAACGUAUUUGGAGUGCCCCUGCAAGUCAAUGUUCAGCGCACAGGGCAGCCCCUGCCCCAGAGCAUUCAGCAAGCGAUGAGGUACCUCCGCAACCACUGCCUGGACCAGGUUGGACUGUUCAGGAAGUCUGGAGUCAAAUCAAGAAUUCAGGCUCUGCGUCAAAUGAAUGAGAAUUCAACAGACAGUGUUAACUAUGAAGGCCAGUCUGCUUACGAUGUAGCAGACAUGUUAAAGCAGUUCUUCCGUGACCUUCCGGAGCCUCUCAUGACCAACAAACUCUCUGAGACCUUCUUACAGAUCUACCAAUAUGUGCCAAAGGACCAGCGUCUCCAGGCUAUCAAGGCUGCCAUUAUGCUUUUACCCGAUGAGAACAGGGAAGUCCUUCAGAUUCUUCUCUAUUUCCUGAGCGAUGUCACAGCUGCAGUGAAGGAAAACCAGAUGACACCAACCAACCUGGCUGUGUGCUUAGCACCUUCCCUCUUCCACUUAAACACUCUCAAAAGAGAGAACUCUUCCCCAAGGGUGAUGCAAAGGAAACCAAGCCUGGGAAAGCCUGAUCAGAAAGAUUUAAAUGAAAAUUUGGCUGCAACCCAAGGGCUGGCUCAUAUGAUUGCCGAAUGCAAGAAGCUCUUUCAGAUCCCUGAGGAAAUGAGCAGAGGUCGGAACUCGUACACGGAGCAAGACCUGCGGCCCCUCAGCCUGGAGGAGCUCAGGGGCAGCAGCAGCAGCACGGAGCCCUCCGACUACCACUGCUACCUCCAGGACUGCAUGGAUGACUUGCUCAAAGAGAUGAAGGAGAAAUUUAAAGGCUGGCUCAGCUGUUCCACCUCAGAACAAGCAGAUCUGGCCUACAAGAAGGUAUGCGAAGGUCCCCCGCUCCGGUUAUGGAAAACUACAAUUGAAAUCCCUGCUACACCAGAGGAAGUUUUAAAUCGUGUACUUAAGGAGCAGCAUCUUUGGGAUGAAGAUCUUAUAGAUUCUAAAGUGAUUGAAACUUUGGAUAGCCAGACAGAUAUAUACCAAUACGUCCAGAACAGCAUGGCACCUCAGCCAGCCAGAGACUUUGUAGUCUUAAGAACCUGGAGGACAAACUUCCCCAAAGGAGCUUGUGUUCUCUUGGCAACCUCAGUGGAUUAUGACCACGCUCCAGUGGCAGGUGUCAGAGUCAAUGUCCUGUUGUCUAGGUAUCUGAUUGAGCCCUGCGGGUCAGGAAAAUCUAAGCUUACCUACAUGUGCAGAAUUGAUUUAAGGGGCCACAUGCCAGACUGGUACACCAAGUCCUUUGGACACUUGUGCGCGUCUGAAGUAGUUAAGAUACGAGACUCGUUCAGCCACCAGAGUCUUGACAGCAAAGAAGCAAAAUCCAGGUGACUACCGAAGAGGAAGAGCUGCGCGCUCCGCACCUCAGCACCGUCCAUUACCCGAAACUGAGCAUCACCCGCUGCGGCCCGGCCUGGUCUACGGCCUGCUGGGCUUCCAUGAAGGGAUGACAGCAUGAGAACCUGACUGUGAGCAUUGCUAUAGGACUGUGGCCAUACCGUACACUUUAAAGCUGCUUCCUGUCUGUGUAAGGUCUAUAGUGUAGGCCUCGACUGGAAUACAUAGGAGGACUGUGCAAAAAGGUGUUGUACUAUUAGAUGGUGUGAAUUGCUUCUGAGAAGCAAAAAUCUUUAAAUGAAAAUAUAUUAUGAAAUAUGGUGAAGGCUCAUCAUUCCCAUGUGAAAUAUUUAGCUUUAUGUACAUACCCAUGUCAUUUUAUUUGUAAUGCGUUGAGGGACUGAUGUAUCCACUGGAAUAGUUGGUACUCUUCAAUGUGUUCUCACUGAGAUAAGCAGAGAAAGGUUUGCACAGAUUGAAGUGUGAAUGAGUGUGUUAAUGGUUGAAAGGAUAGCAGAAGUCGAGCUUGAAACGUGUCUGGUACACUGAUAGGCAACCAGAGUGGAUUUUAGCAUAUUGGUUACAGUUCAACCUCCGAUUUGAUGCCCCGUGGACCAGAAGGUAGCCAUCCUUCCCAUUCCCAGUUCUAAACUUGCC